AUGUCAUGCUCAUCAGGCUGGGAUGAAAAUGACAUGGAUACUAAGUCGAAAUCAGGCCUGUUGGCCCUCUAUGUUGAAGCUGUUCCUUUAAUAGAGGCUGGACAAAAUGAAGUGAUAGACUUUAUAAAGGAACAUAUAAUCCAUCGAUUUGGAAUUCCCGAAACUUUGAGUACUGAUCAAGGAACUAUAUUCACUGGUCAGCGGAUUAAGAAUUUUGCAGCUUCAAGAAACAUUAAUAUGGUUACUUCAACUCCAUAUUAUGCGCAAGCCAAUGGGCAAGUUGAGGCAGCAAAUGAAAUAUUAAUCAAUUUGAUUAAGAAACAAAUUGCUAUUUUGUCACUAGGGAUUAAUCUCAAUACAUUAAGAAUAUUGAAACAAGAUGAGUUGCUAGUCGAUGAUUAUUGGAAUGCAAUGUAUGAUGAAUUGAAUGAUUUGGAUUCAGAACGUAUGCUGGCACUUGAAAAUAUAAUUCGGAAAAAAGAAAGUGUUGUCUGA